AUGGCAAUAAGCGGCGACGGAGUAGCACAAGACCUCAUUAGAGCUAUUGAAGUCGCUCAAGAGGCUGUUGAUCUUACUCCUCAAGGCUAUAGCGAUCGACCUGAAUGGCUAAACAAUCUCGGAGGCUGUCUUUUUGAAAAGUACUCUUUUACAAGUGAGAAGGCUAAUCUCGAUAGAGCUAUUGAAGUUACUCAAGAAGCUGUCGAUCUUACUCCUCAAAGCUAUAGCGAUCGACCUAAAUGGCUAAACAAUCUUGGAAUCUAUCUUUCUGAAAAGUACUCUCUUACAAGUGAGAAGGCCAAUCUCGAUAGAGCUAUUGAAGUUACUCAAGAAGCUGUUGAUCUUACUCCUCAAAGCCAUAGCGAUCGACCUGCAAUUCUAAGCAAUCUCGGAGACUGUCUUUUUGAAAAGUACUCUUUUACAAGUGAGAAGGCCAAUCUCGAUAGAGCUAUUGAAGUUACUCAAGAAGCUGUUGACCUUACUCCUCAAAGCCAUAGCGAUCGACCUAAAUGGCUAAACAACCUUGGAAUCUAUCUUUCUGAAAAGUACUCUCUUACAAGUGAGAAGGCCAAUCUCGAUAGAGCUAUUGAAGUUACUCAAGAAGCUGUUGAUCUUACUCCUCAAGACCAUAGUAAUCGAUCUGCAUUUCUAAACAAUCUUGGACUUCAUUUCUCUAAAAAGUACUUUUUUACAAGCGAGAAAGCCGAUCUCGAUAGAGCUAUUGAAGUUACUCAAGAGGCUAUUGAUCUUACUCCUCAAGGCUAUAGUAAUCGACCUAAAUGGCUAAACAAUCUUGGACUUCAUCUCUUUAAAAAGUACUCGCUUACAAGUGAGAAGGCCAAUCUCGAUAGAGCUAUUGAAGUUACUCAAGAAGCUGUUGAUCUUACUCCUCAAGGCUAUAGCGAUCGACCUAAAUUGCUGAACAAUCUUGGACUUCAUCUCUUUAAAAAGUACUCUCUUACAAGUGAAAAGGCCAAUCUCGAUAGAGCUAUUGAAGUUACUCAAGAAGCUAUUGAUCUUACUCCUCAAAGCCAUAGUGAUCGACCUAUAUGGCUAAGCAAUCUUGGAAUCUAUCUUUCUGAAAAGUACUCUUUUACAAGCGAGAAAGCCGAUCUCGAUAGAGCUAUUGAAGUUACUCAAGAAGCUAUUGAUCUUACUCCUCAAGGCCAUAGCGAUCGACCUAGACGGCUAAGCAAUCUUGGAGGCUGUCUUUCUGAAAAGUACUCUCUUACAAGUGAGAAGGCCGAUCUCGAUAGAGCUAUUGAAGUUACUCAAGAAGCUGUUGAUCUUACUCCUCAAGGCUAUAGCGAUCGACCUAAAUGGCUAAACAACCUUGGACUUCAUCUCUCUGAAAAGUACUCUCUUACAAGUGAGAAGGCCAAUCUCGAUAGAGCUAUUGAAGUUACUCAAGAAGCUAUUGAUCUUACUCCUCAAAACCAUAGUGAUCGACCUAUAUGGCUAAGCAAUCUUGGAGGCUGUCUUUCUGAAAAGUACUUCCUUACAAGCGAGAAAGCCGAUCUCGAUAGAGCUAUUGAAGUUACUCAAGAAGCUGUUGACCUUACUCCUCAAAGCCAUAGCGAUCGACCUAAAUGGCUAAACAACCUUGGACUUCAUCUCUCUGAAAAGUACUCUCUUACAAGUGAGAAGGCCGAUCUCGAUAGAGCUAUUAGGGCCUACAUUCAAGCGUCAGCUUCGCUUGUGGCAAUCGUUACAGAACGACUGAGAGCAUACAAGUCUUUAUUACAGCUGUUCAUAAAAAUUGAGAAAUGGGAGAAGGCUUUGGAAGCUGGAUUUGGCGCUAUCGAGCUUCUCCCGGCUUUGGCUCCUCGAUCACUUCCAAAUUCUGAUAAACAGCGCGUCUUGAUAUCGAUUGUUGGCCUGGCCUCCGACGCAGCUGCAGUGGCCGUGCAUCUAGGAAAGGUCGUCGAGGCAGUUCAAUUACUGGAGCAAGGCCGUGGGGUCCUCAUAGGAAACCUUACAGAUAUACGUUCUGUACCACUAGAGUUACAGCUACAGCACCCUGACCUCGCCGAUCAGUUCAUACUCCUCCGCGAUCGUUUGAAUCUCUCAACUCCAAGGGAUCAGUUUCUGCUUCCAGGUCUUCAAACAUCGCCCAUACAGCAGGGAGAAGCCAGACGGCAGGCAAAUCAAGAGUUUGAUCGCCUGCUGCAAGAAAUACGUCGGCAGCCUGACUUCCACGACUUCUUGAAACCACCUAGUCAAAUAGAAAUCCAAAAAGUAGCGUUGGAAGGCCCUGUCAUUUAUAUCAACGUUAGUCGUUGCCGUUCCGAUGCUUUGAUUAUCGAGAACGACUCCAUUCGGUCCUUCCAUUUACCUCGACUCGAUAUUGACUAUCUUGGCAGUCAGAGAGAAAAACUCUACAUGUCUAAAUUCCUUGAUCAAAUCUUGCUCCAGGAACUUUGGGAUAGAGUUACAUUCCCAGUCCUCGAAGCGCUGGAACUGCAAAAGAAUCAAGUCAAAGUUUUUCGGCAGCGUGUUUGGUGGAUACCAACAGGUGUACUCAGUCGCUUUCCUAUCCAAGCGGCCGGAUACCAUCUGGAGGAACCUCCUAAAUCGGUACUUGACACGGUUGUAUCUUCCUUCGCCUCCUCCCUUAGAUCGAUCUCACACAGUCGCUCAAACCCCUCUGCGAAGAGUUUGUCAAAGCUGGACCGUCUUGUUCUGGUAGCGAUGGAAACCACUCUCGGAUUGAGUCCGCUACCAUUCGCCAGAAAUGAGGCUGAAGAAGUCAAAAAAAUCUGUCAAAACGCCAACUUAGCAGUCAUCGAACAGCAUCGCAAGAAACCCGUGCUUGAUGCUCUAGCGUCUUGCAAGAUAUUUCAUUUUGCAGGCCAUGGUUUCUCUGAUCCAAUCGAUCCGCUGCAAAGCUGUUUACUUCUUGGAGACCGGGAGGAGGAUCGGUUGACCUUAGAUAACUUUAUAGGAACUAGUGCUCUUGAGCAGCCGCCUUUUCUUGCGUAUCUUUCUGCUUGCAACACCAGUCAGGUUGAAAACGAACUCAUGAUAGACGAGGGUCUCCAUCUGGUCAACGCAUUUCAGCUGGCUGGGUUUCAACAUGUGAUUGGGACAUUAUGGGACGUCGACGAUAAGCUUUGUAGCGAUGUCGCAAGGAUCGUAUAUGAGCAUGUACUAGGGGAUGAGAUAACGCAUGAGUCAGUGAGUCUGGGACUUCACACAGCUAUCAAGUGGUGCCGAGAUCAGUGGAGGGGUGGUGUGCUUCGUGAGACUGGAGAAUCAACAUAUGCUGCUGACUCUGCUAUUACAAGCGGACGGGACUACGGCCCAAAGAUUGCAAGGCACACGCGAGGAUUUGAAUGGGUGCCAUACAUUCAUUUCGGUGUACAUCUUAUUACAAGGGAAUUAUGGUUAUGGGAUGAUCUAAUAGUAGCAUGUUGUUUAUUGAAGCUUGAGUAUGGAACUUUCACAUUCUCUAGGUCCAAACAAGCUUUAGUAUAA